AUGAGUAAGAUGACCGAUGGGAAAUCAAUACAUGCGCUAAUAAAUAGAAUAGGAUCCAAGUUACCAUGUAAUAGCGGCAAGACAUUAGAUGCAUUAGAGCAAGAUCCAUUAAUACAGCAAAAUGUUAAUUCGUUGGUAGAAUUAUCCAGAUUUAAAUUACCGAUUAUUGCUGAGCAGUUAUCUCGCUUAUUAGACACUAUAUCAAAGCCUUCAUCAAUGGUGCUCGAAGAGUUUGUACCAAUGGAAAUACUUCAGUCUCAACUCUUUCUUCUAAAAAUAUUGUCCGCUUCUAUGACACAUCACUGGAAAUGCUAUCGUAAUUCACAGAAAGAAGUAAACAAAAUUAAUGAUCAACAACAGUCAGUUGACCCGGCUAAUGCUGUCAAUAACGGUCCAUAUAAACUUCCUCGCUCGUGGGAUGACCCUCCUCCGCUCGACGAUACGCUUGCAAAAUUAAUAUUGGGCGUGUUAGUAAGGUUUCUCCAUCAGAUGGCAUCGCAAGAGGAAAAUGUCGUAGCUGGUGCGCCUCCCGCUGCAACUGGCGGUAUCAACAAUAACAAUAAUCAAAUUGGCACUUAUGAAAUAAUCUGUGAGAUAUUCAAGAACGCGGGUAGAGUUAUUUUUUAUCUAUCUGCUUCUAAUUGGGGAGUAAUAUUUGCAAGAGUAAAACAGAGGAUUAUACAUCUAACCACAACAAACGACGAGUGGCCCGAGACUGCCGAACUGAAACUAUUAGAGGUGUCUGACCUCAAUUCUAAUCGAUUAUCACAAGUCCUACAAGAACUAUGCAAUUCAUUUAUACACUUGAAACAAUCGGCUCAGACUGUAAUGGCUUUUGUUCUUCGUAAAGCAAUCUGGAACUGGAUCGAGGUCUUUCCCGCGGAAUUUGUCACGCUCUGUCAAUCGCGAGGCCGCAUGGGGGGAGGACCAGAGCUUCUUUUCGAUACCUGCUGCGGUCUCGCCGAAACGGCGCGGCGACGAACCGUAAUUUGGCCCCUUCAAACAAUGCUGCUUAUAUUAUGUCCAGACAUCUUGGCAGAAGCUACUUCGAUAAGUGAUGUUGGACAAGCGGGUAACAGGAAACAAGUGUAUCUGGAUGCAUUAAAGAGGGCUCUCAGAGGAGCACGCAUGGCCGACAUUGCUGCAGUAUGCUAUGUAGAUUUUUGCAAAGCCGCAACAUAUGUAUCACAGAAUGAAAACUUGGCAUUGAGGCAGAUGGUACCCGAAAUUGAAAAUGAGCUUAGGGAUAAAUUAUUCGACCCAAGAAGACCAUUCAUGACGGAACAGCAAAUCGACCAGCGAUUAAUGACAGAUUGCUUGACUGCAUUGUUUAGGUUGAAUCCAACAAAGACAUUAAAUACCAUUAUUCCAAUUUGCUUACGGCCAACAGCACCACCGGCUUUCAGACUCGUACUUGUAAAGAGCUGUUUUGCCAUUGCAUCUGAGGAAAACCGUCUUCCAUGGAAUCCAGCUAUCACAGCAAUGUAUUCGAUAAUCGCUUCGCCACUUCGUAAACUUUUCCAGGAAUAUAUAAUUCAACGCGAUCGGAGCCUUGGUAGUCGUAGAUUAAAACCGGACGAACUGAAAGAAGCAAACGAGAAAAAGGAAAUAAUUCUCAACAUCCUCAAACUAUAUCGCACUGAUCCAAUGCUAGCCAUAUUUAGCGGAGAGGCGGGCGAACAACCAGAGGAAAAUAGAGCAAUCAUAUACGGCAUCUCGUUAUGUUUCAAUGACACCAGUCUGGGAAUAAGAAUGACUGCCGCCGAGACUCUUUUAGCACUUCACAGCCCAGACUAUAUUGAAAAGUGGGGUCCACCGGAAAAUAGAAUGCAGAAUUUCUGGAACAUUAGUUCUCAAGUUAUGCUUGGAGUUGCUCGUCAACUACUGGAACCAAAAGAAGAAGGAACAAAAUAUAUGUUGGAAUUGCUCCUUCAACUCCUCACACGCCGCAACGAAUUCCUUAAAAUGCAUAAACAAGAAGCGACUAUUGGAAUUAAUGUUCCAGAGAGAAUUGCUAGUAAUGUAGCAAUAGAAAUUGCAUUGUUGGUACUAUUAUGUAGUGCAGACACGGAGAUUUGUUCGAUGGCUGUGGCGUGUUUCGGACAUCUCUGCACGGAAGCACAAUUAACUGAAGACUUGGAUUCUCCACAACAAAUAUCACAGUUAACUAUAAUAAAGAACAUUAAAGUAUAUAUGGAACUAUCGUCGUCGUCUUUUGUAAUAACUGGUCGCAUGGCACAACAAAAACGCAUCCGCCGUCUUCUUCGUAUUAUGACUAAUCACACGGCCGGUAACCUAGCCGCUUGGGAAGAAGCUUAUAAGCGUUGGCGAAAUCUUACCUUGCAGGUUGCACGACCUGCUGAUGAGUCGGUACCUGAAGCCGAAAGAAGGAGAAUAAUGGGCGUCAUCGCUAGACCAGCAGCAGCUCCCGUACGCGAUAUCACCGAGGCGGAAACAACUGAAUGGCACAACUAUACCGGAUUUUUGUCUGCUCUUGGUGGUGUAUGUGUGUUUGCGAGCCAAAGCAGUGCUGGAAGAAACGGGUUUCUAGCCCAACAGUCAGCAGAAUCCAACUAUCAGGCUUUGGCAGAAAAGUUUCUUUCAGAAAUGGUUGAUUUAUUGGUUUGCGACUCGGUGUACGUGAGGGAAAUAGUGAAAGAGACACUCGGCGCAGACCUAUCGCCCCGAUUAUAUACCAUUCUUUUUCAAUAUCUUGAAAAUAUAGUAAAAAAAUUCUUUGAUAGUAAUGGUCAAGCUUUGUGUACUGAUCGUCAUACGCUUUUUGUUGAGCAAGCAAUAUCAGUCUUAAAGUUGAUACUCGAUCGGGUACCCGAGGUGUCGGAGAAUUUAUAUGCUGUCGAUUUCGGUGGGCUGAUUCUGUCAUUUGCAAAUUAUCUACAUCGACUGGCAAAUGGACAUGUCGCGUUGAGAAUCAAGGUGAAAAUGUGUCAGUUGACUGAAGCUUUAAUGGCCAAAAAAGAUUACGUAACGCUCCGACAAGAAAUAACAAUGAGGAACAGAUUGCUCGAGAUUAUCACCGAGUGGACAUCGGAUUACAAUGCGAAAGGUGAUAGUAACAUUGGUGCCGACAAUGCUUUGAAUGCAAACGAGAGGUUACAGAGAGAUUUGGAUCAGGCCUGUUUGAAGACUAUAGUUGCUCUUCUCGCACAGUUACCCCUACAGCCACCAGAUGGAAUUCGCGAGGCUGAUUUGGGUAAAGGCAAAGCCACAAUGUUCUUUAGAUAUUUUACGUUCUUCAUUAAACUACUUAAUAGGUGUCGUGUCCUUGAGGCAAUUGACAGUGGCACGCACUCGGCCAGGAACAACCCUGACCUCCAAAUGUUGUUGACAAGAUCGAGAGAAUAUGUCAAAGAUCUUGGUCCUCUAAAAGACUAUACUAUACUUGCACUGAGCAAUCUCCUUUCUGCUAACGUUGAAUCUGGUCUACAGUAUUCCCUUCAAAUGGGAUACCAUGACGAUGCCAAAACAAGGUCGGCGUUUAUGGAAGUCCUAACCAACAUUCUGAAUCAAGGUGCCGAGUUUGAAGGGUUGGCGGAAAAUGCCAUCAAUGAUCGCUAUAACAAACUAGUCGAGUUGCUGACUGAAGACGACUUGAAUAUUGCCAUGUCGUUUGGUUCGGUGGCCACAGCCUCAGAAACUGACGAUAUAGCUCUUCUGUUGCUUACAGUCUUUGAGUCACGCGGCAAGGCAAUGGCAUUACUCAAGGCAUCACUAGAGAGAGAAGUGUUUCGUACAGAAAAUGAAUUUGAGCUGUUCAGACGUAAUAGUUUGUUCACCCGUCUUCUCAAUGCGCUCGCUAAAACCCACGGGAGCGAUUAUUUAAAAGAAACAAUACAGCCCGUCUUAUACGGCAUGUAUGACAUAUCAAACGACAUGUACUUUGAGUUAGAUCCCGACAAAGCUCAAACAAGCGGUAACGUCAACCAGAACGUUCAGAACACCAAGCAAAUGGCACAGCAAUUUUUGGAUGCUAUUUGUUCAUCAAUCGACAGAGCCCCAUUGUCGUUCCGCGAAGUCUGUUAUUACAUUGCUAAUACUGUAAAAGAACGUUUCCCCGAGUCUAGGCUGACUGCAGUUGGUGGAUUCAUCUUUCUCAGAUUCUUUUGUCCAGUAAUUGUAUACCCAGAAAAUGGGGGUCUGAUGCCACCACCAAGCCCAAAUACACGCCGUGGUCUGCUUGGCAUUACAAAGAUCAUCCAGAACUUGGCCAACAAUGUUCUCUUUGGCGCUAAAGAACCGUACAUGGUCUCUUUGAAUGAAUUUUUGUCUUCAAAUAUCGAACAAAUCACAAAAUUCCUGAUCACUAUGUCUACACUGCCGACCGACUUUCUAGAGCGAAAACCGAAAGAAGGCAUUACACCUCUCGAUGAUGCUGACCGCAAAUUGCUCCACAAACAUCUAUGUGAGAGUCUUGAACGUAUGGGCAGAGAUCUGGUGCCGCGCCGUACGAGAUACAAUCCCAACGGGCUUAGCGAAUUAGAACAAAUUCAAGCUCACAGAAAAUCGUUUAACAAAUUGUCUACUCUUCUUGCCCUCCUUGGACCCGCACCUGAAACUCCGAGACGUGAAAAUGCACAUGUGAAUGUACAUCGCUUUGAGGCCAAUAACAAGCUAUACACGGAAUUUAUGCAACGGAAUGCACACAGGGAUAUAGAAGCCAUUAGCCGCAAGGCAUUAUUCUAUGAAGGAGCACGUUCAAAGGACAGGCGACCGGUAUUCUACUUUAUUGCGAGACGGUUGCAGGCAGAGCUUAUUGAUAUAGAAUUAUUAAUGUACUAUAUAUUUCACGUAAUGGAAGCGUCUAUGAACAAACCGUUUGAAUUGCUGGUCGAUCUCACCCAGUUUACUCAUGCAAACGAAGUUCAGAUACAAUGGAUGCAGACCUUUGCACAGACACUGCCGUAUGAGGCUACUGACAACAUGGCUGUACUCUAUUUGUAUAAUGUGAACACAGCAUUUAAAAAGUUCUCCAAGAAGCUGUCCCGACUUUUGUCGAAUAAAAUAGGGAAGAAGACUAUAUGUUUGAACAAUUUGAGCGAACUUCACGAACAUAUUGCUCACGGUGACGUAAGACUUCCUAAAUCAACAAUCGCCUUGGAUAGUGAGCAAAGUGUCACAUACAUGCCAGUGACAAAGAAUUCUCCUUAUAGAACCCAAACUCCAGUAAUAAUAAGAAUAAAUAGUGAAACUGUCCAAGUCAUAACUACUCGCAAACAAGAUCUUUUCUACGGACUCAGUUGUAAUCUCAAUGAUGUCUAUCAUAUCAGUGAUAUAGAUGAAAUAUCACUCUCAAACCACAAGGGUGAUGAUAAUGAAUUUGUUAUCAAGCACGAUCGAGGACAGUCUUCUUUUACAUUUGUAAGUCCAAAGCGCGACCUCAUAAUGCAAGCUAUGCGCGAAGUCAAGGCACGCUUCCAGAUGGCUAGACCAUCUACAUUGUCUGACAGAGCCAUCAGACCGAGUGAUGUCCCUGGAAAAUUACUAAAUAUGGCGUUACUUAAUAUUGGGAGUGACGACCACUGUUUAAGGCUGGCCGCGUACAAUUUACUGGUUGCACUUUGUCUUACAUUUAAUUUUGAUGUUGGAAACCAAUUACUGAGUGCCAAAGGUCUAUGUAUACCUGCGAACAAUACGACAUUUGUGGUUUCGCUUAGUGAAAAACUUGCCGCAUCAGAGCCACACUUGACUUUAGAGUUUUUAACCGAGUUCUUUGAUGGAUUUAGAAAGUCAAGUACUCAACUUAAACACUUGUGUCUACAGUACAUGGCCCCCUGGUUGAAGAAUCUCGAACUUUAUAGUAGAAAUUCAGCAGACAAUCAACAACAUUUGCAAAGGACUCGUGAGAUAUUAAAAUCAUUGAUUGAAUUGACAACCAAAGAGACCAAUAUGUACACAACUAUCCAGAUGCAAGUAUGGGCAACCCUUGGCAAAGUCGAUGGGAUCACAAGUCUGAUAAUUGACGAAUUCGUUCGCUAUGCAGUCGAGCAUGGAAUCAGCUCACCACAAGCCGAAACUGUGGCGAAUACAAUCGUCACGCUCUCAUCAACAAAUGUGCGCGGGAAAAUCAUUGCUCGUUUGCGAAAGAUUAUUUCCAAACCAUCGCCAACGAAAAGCCGCUCAAUCGUAGACAAUCCAUUAUGGACAGAAAUAGCAGUUCUAGUGCGCUUUAAUCUCAUGCUUUCCUUCAACAACCGUGCCCACGUGGCAAUAUACCUCCCUGAGCUCUUUUACAUUGUCUCUCUUCUCGUGGCGACUGGACCACACCUCAUCAGAGCAUCAAUUCACGGUCUUGUCAUUAACCUUAUCCAAUCGUUGUGUACUCAGAACCAGAUUGAACCCGAUAAAUUGAGCAAACUUACGAUACGAUUAACAGAGUUCUCUGAGCCCAAAUCUUUGUUAUUAUUCGGACUCAACACAGUAGCUGGUAGUGCGUUUGCUGUGUCCGAAGCUGCGACGAGUGAUGUCAGUGAGAUUAUGCCUUUGAGUUCAUUGGAGAGUAUUGUACAUUCAUUACUGGAGGUGAUGGUUUGGGGAGCAAGUAGUGUUGAUGUCUCAAACACAUGGAGAGCACGCUGGGUAGGCCUCGUGGCCAGUACAGCCUUCCAAGUUAAUCCAGCCAUCCAACCGCGCGCAUUUGUUACUCUCGGUUGUCUAGCACGCGAAGAAGUUGACGACGACCUGCUAUAUCAAAUUCUAGUCGCUCUACGCGGUGCCUUGUUCGCGUUCAGUGAGAACGAUUGCAGUCUCAUUAUCAGCAUCAUUAUGUGCCUUACGAAUAUCGUUGAAAAUCUACCACGAGAAUCCAGAUACUUCCGACCAAUGUUUUGGCUUGCUAUGGCGCUUGUACAGAUUGGUCAUAUUCCUGUAUUUCCCAGUGCGAUCAGGUUCCUUCAAGUUUUACUUCGUGCCAUGGAUACGAAAGGGUUCUUUGCUGACGAAAGCAUUGCAAAAGUGUUGUUGAGAGAACGCGUCCCGCUAGCCGAGGUUGCUGUUGAGAUGGAUACAGAGGCCGGUAUUAAUUACGAACAUUUUUCAUUUGCCGUUGCUGCCACUUUGCUCAAGGGUCUUAAACAUCCUGGUACGAGAGCGGAAACUCAGGCGGUGCUAAUGUCUUUCCUUGAAAUUGCGUCGAAAGGCGUCAAUGGCAACGGAGAGACUCACAUAAUUAAUUGUAGCAUGCUUGGAUAUCUUGCAGCAUUGCUUCCGGUGUCGGCCAAGAAUGCAGAAAUGAAAGAAUUACUUUGGGUGUGUGGGAUGUUUGAUCUAGAAAUAGACAAUGCCGAACUUGCGACAAAUUAUUACAAGAUAUUCGACAAACUGGAAAUACCAGACAACCAAACAGCACUAUUAUUAGUUUCGUUAAUGGUCGCUAUUCUUCAAAACGCUGAAAACGAACCAGAAAGACUGUUUCUUUAUGGUUUUCUCGCAGAAGCUGCCAAUUCAAUACCCCAAGUAUUCACUCUGGUGUACGAUAGUCUUCUUCCUAGGAUGAACCAGAUAAUGAGCACGUGUGACACUAUUCCAAUUCUUGAUGCUGUUCACAAUAUUCUUUAUACAGUAGUGGCUUCGCCGACGAUUACGCGUUCUCAGAGCAAUCACAUGCCUUUCCUUGAAGAAAUUGGAUUUAAACAUCUGAUGGACAGCGGGUCGUUUGCUGCUGUUACCAAAGAAAAGAUGAGACAAAACGCAAAAUUGGCAGCGCUGUUGGUUGACAGGAUUAUUGCUUGA